UGCACACCAGUUUCAUAGCGACGAGAGUGCGUUCACUUGAACUGCCCUUAAAAUGUUGAGAACAUCGCGUUUUCUAAAGAAGUUAAAUGAAAACCUAAAUUGCAUUUGCAAAAGAUUACAAAAUACGACAGCAAAUGAGAAACAGAGCUUCCGCCAGAAGGCUUGGCAAGCGGCCCGGCAACGCUAUGCCAGUUAUGAGCAUGUGCACUACAGCUCAUUUCUCGAGUACAAUUUGGGCCAAGCACACAAAUUUCAUCAAAUGAAUCCAACGGUUUUUCCCUCACUGGAAGUGUUACGUGACAUAGACAGUGAACAGAGAGCAGCUACAAGUUCAUCAUCAUCAUAUCCACACAAUUGGAUGGAGGACUACGAGUUUUAUGAGGGCGCCAGCGAUGAAGCGGGCAACAUUGAUGCCCAGCAUGGAACACCAGAUGCCAAAGUGGCCCCUUCAAACGUACCCUGCAAUGGCUGUGGAGCACAUUUGCACUGUGUCAGUACCUCCAUGCCCGGCUACAUACCCAGCGAAAUCUUCAAGGGUCGCACUCAAAUGGAGUUGCAGACGAUCACUUGCCAGAGAUGCCAUUUUCUGCAGCACUAUAAUAUUGCGCUGGAUGUGGAAGUGCCGCCGUCGGUAUAUGUGGAAACCAUAUCGCGCAUACAGGACAAAUAUGCGCUGGCCAUAAUCAUAGUCGAUCUGCUGGACUUUCCCAGCUCCAUUUGGCCGGGAAUGCAACAGGUGCUGGGCGCAAAGCGACCCGUUUUCCUGGUCGGCAACAAGGUGGAUCUAUUGCCACGUGAUUCCAAUGGCUAUCUGACACACGUGAAGCGUUGCCUUAAACAGCAGUUCAUCGAACACGGCGGUUUUGAUGCUCUGAACAUUAAGAAUGUUAGUCUGAUCUCGGCCAAGACAGGCUUCGGAAUUGAGGAGCUGAUCACGCAGCUGCACAAGAACUGGCAGUACAAGGGCGAUGUUUAUUUGCUCGGCUGCACCAAUGUGGGCAAGAGUAGUCUCUUUAAUAUACUGCUGAACUCGGAUUAUUGUCGACCCGAGGCCACAGAGCUGGUGCGCAAGGCGACGACUUGUGCUUGGCCGGGCACCACACUGCAAAUGCUAAAGUUUCCCAUAUUGCGGCCGUCUGAUUUGCGUGUCUAUCAACGCUUUCAGCGUCUCUUCUCGGAACGUGGCCAGCGUGCCGCACUGGAGAAACUGCGUCGCGAUCAGGCCAAGGAGACGGGCACCAUGUCAUCGGCCCAACUAAUUGGGAAUGUUGGACGCACCUUUGACCGUCGCACGGAUGUGGACGAUGCCUUUGCUAUGGCCGGCGGCACUCAACCCAUAACGACGCUCAAUGAGCGCAAGAAGGAAUAUCGAGAGGCACGUUGGGUUUAUGAUACGCCCGGCGUAAUGCAGCCGGAUCAGUUGACGCCAAUGCUCACCACCCAGGAGCUAUUGCAGCUGCAACCGACAAGAAUGCUAAAGCCACGUGCUGUCCGCGUGGCACCUAAGAUGUCUCUGUUCUUGGGCGGUUUGGCGCGCGUGGACUUGCUGGACUGCAACCAGGAGUGGCUCAAAUUAUUUGUGUUUGCUGCGGAGACGUUGCCGUUGCUCAUCACAGACACUCAGCAAGCGGAUGCAAUUUAUAAGCGUUAUUUGGGUACUUCGCUGUUAGGGCUACCGAUUUCUGGGGAAGAUGAUGAGCGUCUGCAGCGCUGGCCUGGAUUGCAGUGCAUGGACAGAGAUAUUUUGGUGCAGAACGGCGCUUCGGAGAAUAGAUUCGCCGAGAAACAACUUAAUUGUGAUAUAACUCUCAGUUCCGCCGGCUGGUUGGGUCUCCUGCUCCCCGAGAAUACCGAGAGCAGUUGGCGCCUGUGGACACCGAAGGCAACUGGAAUUUAUGUGCGUAAGCCGGCCUUAAUACCUCUAGCCGAUCGUCUGGUUGGCAAGCAUAUACGUCAUUCGAUGGCCUAUAAUACAGCCAAGCCAUUUGUUUUUCGAAAAUAAUUGUUAUAAAUUGUUAUUUGUAUUAAAAAUUUUGGGUAUGUUUUAAAUUUCAUUAAACGUGCGCCGAUUUUCGAUAGGUUCGGGUAAACUUAUCGUUUUCUUGCGGCCGAUAUACUUUGCGCAAGCGGCAAAUAAGCACGCCGAUUAAACGAUAGUCUUUAGUGUCAUCUCUAAUAAAAAGUAUCCACUUUUUC